AUGGCACUGCCCUGGGCCCUCGCGAUCUUCAGCCUUCUUCCUCUGCUGGAUGCCCGGAGCCCGGCGUGUACCGAUGUCACAGUGCCUGUCACCAAUGCCACCCUGAACCAGAUCUCUGGCAAGUGGUUCUAUAUCGCCUCUGUUCACCGCUACCCUGAGUUCAAGGAGAUGGCUAGCAAAAUCGAAGCAGCCUUCUUUUACUUCGCCCUUAACUACACAGAUGACACCCUGCUGCUCAGAGAGUAUUUGACCAGUGAAGGCGAGUGCAUCUAUAACGAAAGAAGCCUGUCGCUCAGCUGGGAAAAUGGGACCCUGUCCAAACUCGAGAAUGGCACAGAACAUACUGCCGACCUGAUGCUCCCCAAGGACCCCAAGAUCUUCAUGCUUGCUUUUCGACCAGGAGACAAGGAGAACAGGGGGCUGUCCUUCUACGCUGACAAGCCCCAGGUGACCCCGGAGCAGAUGGAACAGUUCUAUGAAGACCUCGCAUGCCUGGGCAUGGACAAGUCAGAAGUCAUGUACACCGAAGAGAAAAAGGAUCUGUGUGAGCCGCUGGAGAAACUGCACAACGAGGAAAGGAAGAAGGAAAGCGAGACACAGCAUUAG